AUGGCGUCGAAUGGGACGCGUCCGUCAAAUUCCCCAAUUCGUUCUACGGCUCCGAAUGUUCCGAAUCGUACGGAUCUUUAUGCUAGUCCUUAUUCUCUAUUGAGUAUCGAUCAUGCUGGGUUGCAGAUUGUUACCGAUCAGCUUGAUGCAAGAGCUGAGUUUCAUUCUUGGAAGAGAUCUGUUAGGAUGGCCUUGAAUGUGCGUAAUAAGCUUGGCUUCAUCGAUGGUACGAUUUCUAAACCGCCUUUAGAUCAUCCGGAUUCAGAUGCUUGGUCUAGAUGUAACGAUAUCCAAAGAUCUGGAAAAAAUCUAGUCUCUCGCUUUAAGCAAGAUGAUGCACCUCGUGUGUAUGAAAUUGAACAAAGACUCAGUACUAUCCAACAAGGAGAUUUAGAUGUGAGUGCAUAUUACACAGAGCUUAUUACCUUAUGGGAAGAGUAUACGAAUUACAUAGAGCUUCCUGUGUGUACAUGCGGUCAUUGUGAGUGUAAUGCUGCGAUCUUAUGGGAGAAGCUGCAACAACGCAGUAGAGUUACAAAAUUUCUGAUGGGGCUUAAUGAGAGUUAUGAACAAACAAGAAGACAUAUUCUCAUGUUAAAGCCUAUUCCUGAUAUUGAAGAAGCGUAUAACAUUGUUGCUCAGGAUGAGAGACAACGUGUUGUGAAGCCUGUUAUUAAAACGGAGAGUGUUGCUUUCCAGGCUACAGGAUCUUUUGAUGGAAACCAAUCUUUUGGGCAGCAUCAGAUGGAGUUUGCUGCGGCCUAUAAUACGUAUCGUCCAAGAGGAAACCUACCUCUAUGUACUCAUUGUGGAAAGUUGGGUCAUACUGUUCAAACAUGUUUCAAGGUACACGAAUAUCCUCCUGGUUACAAACCUCCUGGUUCCAUGACUACAGGGCAAUCUGGUAGCAAAUCUACUUUUGUUCCUAAGCAAAGGACUGUUGCAAAUGUCUUUACUGAACAACAAUCGUCUUCUUUGGCUGGGAUUAAUGGUGCAACACCUGCCUCUAUGCCAUAUUAUCCAUCUCUGGCUGUUAAUCCUGUGAAUCUUGAUGUCAGUAGGUUGACUCAAGAACAAGCUCAGACAUUGAUUAACCAAUUGACUUCACAUGCUCAGAGUUCGGCUUCAGAGCCUCCAGUUGCAUUGAAUCAGGCUUCCAUCUCUGAACAGGGUGUCAUGGCUGUUCAAUCGUCUUCUGGUAAAGUUUUCAAUAUCUCUAGUAACCUUCGCUAUGAAAAUCAUAUUCUUACAUAUCGUCAUCAUUGUCUUUCGUCUUUACAAAACACUUUGCCUAGUGGUUCUUGGAUAAUAGAUAGUGGUGCUACUAGUCAUGUUUGCUGUGAUUUGUCAAGAUUUAGAGAAACUUACUUAGUCUCAGGGGUCAUGGUAACUCUACCUGAUGGUAAUAAACUCGAAAUCAAGCAUGUUGGAACCAUACAUUUGUCUGAUGCAUUAGUUUUAUACAAUGUUCUAUAUGUUCCUGCUUUUCAAUUCAAUAUGAUUAGCGAGUCUUCUCAGGGAUGGAUGAUUGGGAGUGGUAGACUUUAUCGCAAUCUCUACAUUCUUAAUACUCACUCUCAAUCUGCAUCUACACCUGCUGAGUCUCCUGCUUGCGUCAACUUCUGUGGAACCUUGUCUACUGAUGGUUGUCUCUGGCAUCAACGCCUUGGGCAUCCCUCAGUUGCCAAGUUACAAAGUUUAGCUAGUACUUCAGCAUUGUCCAAGUCCAUCAUUCAGAUUCAUGAUCAUUGUCACAUAUGUCCACUUGUCUUUUCCGUUUCAUAA